AUGAGCUUGUUCGAUAUCGCUAAACAGAAUCCCUUCGGAAAACCCGUUGUUUCUGAUGCUGCUACCAGCUGUGAGUUCGGAUCCACCGAGUACUACUUGAAAUGUAUGAUCGGUGGUGCUCUCUCUUGUGGUCUUACCCACACCGCCGUCGUCCCAUUGGAUUUGGUCAAGUGCCGAAUGCAGGUCGACGCUGCCAAAUACCCAUCCCUCGGCAAGGGCCUCAAGGUCACCGUUGCUGAGGGAGGUGUCAAAGCCCUCGCCCGAGGAUGGGCUCCCACCUUCAUCGGAUACUCCAUGCAGGGAACCUGCAAAUUCGGUUUCUACGAAAUCUUCAAGAACCUCUACGGAAACGCCAUGGGCGAAGAGAACGCUUUCCUUUACCGAACAUCUCUUUACCUCGCUGCUUCCGCUUCUGCCGAGUUCUUUGCCGAUAUUGCCCUUGCUCCUAUGGAAGCUGUCAAGGUCCGAAUCCAGACCUCCGACUACGCCUCCACCCUUCGCGAGUGCUUCCCCAAGAUGCGCGCUGAAGAGGGCAACGGAACCUUCAUUCGAGGUCUCAAGCCUUUGUGGAUGCGACAGAUUCCAUACACAAUGAUGAAGUUCGCCUGCUUCGAAAAGACCGUCGAGGCUCUCUACCAGUACGUUGUCCCCAAGCCACGAGCUCAGUGCUCCAAGUCCGAGCAGCUCAUGGUCACCUUCGCUGCCGGUUACAUCGCUGGUGUCUUCUGCGCCAUCGUCUCCCACCCCGCCGAUUCUGUCGUCUCCGUCAUCAACAAGGAUCCUUCCAAAUCUGCCGGACAGAUCCUCAAGGAGAUGGGACCCAAGGGUGUCUGGAAGGGACUUGGUGCCCGUAUCAUCAUGAUCGGUACCCUCACCGCUCUCCAGUGGUUCAUCUACGAUGGUGUCAAGGUCGCCCUCCGUCUCCCACGACCACCACCACCAACCAUGCCCGAGUCGCUCAAGAAGAAGCUUGGCGUCCAAGAGUAA